AUGGCGAACCAACCGGUUGGACGCCCGUGGUUCCUCCGACUAGCUUCGCAAGCCCGUAUCGACCCGCCAGCUCCACCGGCACAACCUCAGCCGGCGCAACCUCCCCCGGCGUCACCAGUUCGCCAAGCCUCACUGGCAUUUGGUCGAACAUCUUUGUUGCCUGCCCAAGCACCACCGCCACCACCUCCGUCGCCGGUGCCAACCCAGCCACAGGAGACACCACAGCCUACACAAACAACGAACGCUGCCGCCCCUUCACCCCCUGAGGUCCCGAAACCAGCGACGACUCCAAUGCUGCAACGCGUGGCGUCACCGAGGCCUGUGACAGUGGCCCCGGUAGCAAACCCAUCCCCUCCGUCUCGGGCCGACGCCGCAAACUUUUCCCCGCCUGAGGUUCCGAGAUCAGCGCCGACGGCGACCCCAAUGCUGCAACGCCUGCCGUCGCCGAUACCUGUAACAGCGACAACCCGAUCCCCACCUCCUCCGCAAUCUCCCAAAGUGAUCAAUUCCUCUUCUGCGUCUCUGAUACCGCAUCCAGAGCCCGAUCCGAUCGCCGAAUCACAACCAAAGCAAACCAUCGAGCAAAACAGCUCAAACAAGAAUCCCGACAAGAAAAUCCCCUUUUUUCCCACCAAAGCAGAAGGAAAAAAUUCAGCGACCGCGAACGAGAACAGAUCGACAACCAAAAGCAAAGAUCAGGGGGAGACGAGAGCGAUUACCAUCGCAGGGCAAAACAUGGGGGCGUUCCUUGAUCUCUCCCCUUCCUACGGCCUUCAGCAUCAGAUCAGAAAGCAGCAGGUUCGUCCCACGGUCGGCGACACUUGGUUCAAGGACCUGAACAACGGAGCACACAAGGAAGGCAAGCCGGCAAAGGAAUCGAACAGCAACGACAACAAGAACAAGCAACAGCAGAAGCCGAUGAUCUCGCUGGUAAACAGCAAUGUGCAAAGCGUCAACAAUUCAUUGAUGCUCAAUGCUUCGUGCGACCAAGGAAGCCCCGGCGUGCACAUCAAGCUCACCAGGAAGCGAUCGGGCAAAAAUGAUCAACCAUCUCUCCACUGA